AUAGAAUAUACCAAAUCGAGUUACGUUAAGUGCGUUGAAUUUAGUUCAUUGUUUUUAUCUCCUAAUCUUUUACACGUUAAUUUUGGUCGAUUGUGUUUCUGGUUUCAAGUAUUGACGUUAAAAACACCUGCCGACUAAAAGGACAAUAACUUGAACUGUAAAUUACCUCUUCGUCCUAUUUUGCCGUUCUGUUAAAUUAUUUAUGGUGUCGGGAAUUUGCAAUUGUAAAUUUAUUGAGCUUAGUCUUAGCGGGACAGGUGAAUGUCAGAUUUUUGAGUAAUAAAAAAACCUUGGCAUUUUGAGCUUUACCCAGCUUUCCUUUGUUGACCUUGGUUCUGACUCAGCUUUCAUUAUUGUCAUAUGACUCUAUAUCUAAACGAUGACUCGGUUUUAAUUAUUCGACGAUGAGUGAUACUCUAUCGUUUUUGUGGUCUUACCUUAUCUAAGAUAUAGAAUUCAUGCCAUAUUUGUUAUCUGAUAUUAUUAUGAUAAGAAAACUUCCUCUCUUUUGUUAUUAGUCAGAAUUGAUAAAUAAUACACUUUCUUUGCAAAGUGGUUUUCAGUGUUUCCUAUAUUAUUACGCCUACGGUUCAGCUGGAUUUUUGAGAAAAAAAAUACAUCUUUCAUCACGAAUCUGCACGCUAUAAACAAUGUGAUAAAUUUUCCUUGGUACUCAUUGUUCCGGCUUAUUUUUAGGUCAAAGAAAAUCAAGAGCGUUUGCUCAAAGCCAAGGACUUUUUACCACCUGUGGUAAGCCAGCCUUUCUUUUUUCCCUUUAUUUAAGUACAUUUUGUUUUGCAUUAUACAGAAAAAGAAAUACACAAAGUGUUUGCAUAAUACUGCAUUUCCAUGAAUAAGCACCCGGAGCUUAUUUUAAAUUUUGGCCUGAAGGAGGGGGGGCAGGGGGGGUUUUGGAAGAGGGGGUCAGUCAGCUAUUCAAGAGGGGUGCUUGUUUGACAUUGUGGUGUAAGGGGUGAGUGCUUAUUCACACACAUUUUAGAUUGUGUACACUUACUCUUGGAAAUUCCAUAUAUACUUUUAAAGGAGAGUUAUCAGUUCUAGUUAAAACUUUUAAUCCUGGAUUGGUUCAAACUGUGUUUUGAAUGACAAGGCCCUGAUCUUAAGUUUUAAUGUGUUGAUGGAUUUACAAUUAUUCCAUGAGCAUGUGUUGGAUAUGGCUAUAAUCAUCUUAUAUCCAACAAGUGCAAUUAGAAGAAUUGUCCAAUUAAAAACACCCCAAAAUUUAAAAUGAAUGUUGCCAACUUUAUUUUGUAAGAACCAAGUUAUUGAAUGUUAAAAUGUACUAAAACACUUCCAAUUUAACUUGUCUUCAUGGGCACACAUGGUAUAACAGCCCAUAAUCCAUGAUGAAAAAGCCAAUAAAAACUGCAUUAUCCAGUGAUCCAGUUUUUGAUAAUCGGUAUGAUAUACAAAUAUUAAAAAAAGGUUGUCUCUUUACAGGCUUAUAGUCCAGAAAUAUUUAUCCUUCCUGGAACUCAUGACGCCUUUGCAAGGCCAGCAGAGAAUGCUACCAAUACCAUUAUACAAACUCAUGGCUUCACAACUGGUAAAUUACUGAUGACUAUUUGACUCUCUCUUUAUUUUUUAUGGUAACUAUUGUGAAUCUAAUGUACAAAAAAUUCAACCUACAUGUAGCAAUAGGUAGAGACUAUGGAUGAAGGUGUUUAAAAUUUUAAGAUAAAGAAAAAUUUAGCAAUCACUCAAACUUGAAACUGCACAUUCACAUUAUGUAUGGUUGGCUCAGAAGCUCCUAACACCCUUGAUUUUGAAUUUAUUGCUACCAACUUGAGAAGCGCUAGACGGUUGAACAAUUUCUCCUCGUCAGUACCUGAGAAAAUUUAUAGAGAGCAGUAUGGAGAAUAUACAUGCUGAUGCGUCGGUGGAAAGGGUUAACCAGUAUUAAUAUGACAGAUUCUGACAUAUGCCCUUUUUUUUUGAAGCUGGUAUGGCAUCCAUUCAGCCUCAUCAGCUUCCACCUGCAGGGUUUAUCCAGCAACCAUUUGUUCAUCAAAAUGUGCUUCCAGGUGGUUAUAAUAACCCUCACCAAUCUACAUUACAAGAAGAGGCAAAUGGUUCUCUCAAUCGUGUUGAGAAAAGUGGCAGAUCUCGAAAGUCUGUUUCAGAAGAUGAGGGAAGCAGUGACCAUGAGAGAACACAAGAUGAUGGAGAUCAAGAGAAUGGCAGGAGAUGGCAAUCAUUAGAAGACAGAAGUGGUGGAUCCUCGGAGAAUGAUGGUGGAUUAGAGGAUGACAGAAAAGAACGUAAGAAAAAACAGAAAAAGGAAAGUCAGAAUGAAAAACCACAAGACAACUCAUCCACUCCUGCUGCAUCCAAGUUGAAAAAGAACAAAAUACAGAAGAAAGGAAGCAGCAGUUCAGAUGGAAGUAAUCAAUCAGAAACCAAAAGUGUGAAGUUUAUUCAACCAGAGGUGUAUCAGAAUCUGACUGUUCCUGGUCAAAAUGGGGCAGGGGUGUCUCCCCCAACACCUAUUCCAUCUGGGCGUGUCAUUUCAUCGCCAUUUCCAGGCCAAGAGGCUGAACAAGUCAUAGCUCAUUCUAGAAAUGUGGAUUCUACUGAUAUACAUGCAAGUAAGGAUAAUCCAAGUGGUAAAAUAGAUGAGAAAGGUGCAGCUGAUUUAAAUAGGAAGAAAAAGCCUGCUGAUUCCAAAGGAGGGAAAAAGAAAAGGAGAGACAGAUCGCGAUCACCUUCUGUUGAGCGAACUCAAUCCAAAGAACAGAAUGGUCAAAAGGAAGAUAGUAGAUAUGUUAUUUAUGAGGUUACCAAUGAUUCAGCUGUGUAUGGUGAAGUGACAAUGAGUCGUGUAGAUACGCCUCCAAGUUUAAGUGAAGUGGAAGAGAGAUCCAAGUUUGUUCAGUUCCCUUCUCCAGCCAAAGGAGCAAGAAGGCCAACACUGCCUGAUGAACUGGAGCAUGACAAUGCUAUUGCAAAUGGAUUACAAGACUUGAAUGCGUAAGAUUUUCAGUUUUCUCAUGUUUCAAAGCAAAAAUCCAAAAUAUAUUAUUUUCAUUCUAUGGUAUUUGACACCUAGGCCCUGUUGUUCAAAAGCCAAUCAGCACUAACCCAGAGUUAAAUUUUCAUCUGGGUUUCUUUAAUUUGUUUCAAAGCCUUUUUUGAAUAAUUUCCUCUAUUCUUUUUGGAGCAUCCAAUCAUAAUGUUGUAGACAAAAUGUUAUUUAAAAUUUUCUCUUAAAGCUCUUAGAACUGAAAUCAGGUUUCACUCUAACCCUGGAUUGUCCUAACCCAUUUUUGAACAACUCAGCCCAGCUUGCCACUGCAUAAGAAUAAGAGCACUGAAUUCCAUACAAAAAUUUAAAUGAAAGUUUUGUGGAAUUCUUUUAUAGUAGUAGUACAGUGAUAGAUCCCAAUUUUAUAUAUCUUACAUUUUUUUUCAGGCUUAAUCUGCAUGAUAGUGAAGACAAUUUGGAUGGCUAUCAAAACGGUAGUGAACAGGAAGAACUGGCUGAAGAAAUUAACGACAACAAUGAUCAGAGAGGAUUCAAUGAUGCACGACUCAAUGACAAGAAAGAUAUUUCAGGGGAAAUACAGCAGGGUGCAGAAGGAGAUAGAGCUGCAGGCAAGGACAGCAAUAAAACGGGUACAAAAGACGAUACAAAGAAAGAUAGCGUGAAGGCAAAUGCUACAAAAGGAAAAAAAGUGGUGAAAAAACCUGCUAAAAAACCUGUCGAAAGUAUUGAAAACAAAUUCAAAAUCCCUCAGCUUCCCAAGGCCCCCACGCCACCCCCCAUGAAGUACCCCAAGAGGGGUGAUAAGGAACUGGAGGCAGACAGUGCAUCAGCUAAGGAUAGGAAACGUCGUGAGAUAGAAGAGUUGAAGGCUGAGUUGAGAAAGGCCAAGAAUGCAAGGGUGGACAUGGAGAAAGAGAGAGAGGCAAAAGUACGGAGAGCCAAGAUGUUACAGAAUCAGAUGAUGCAGAAGAGGAAUCAAUGUAGGUGAAACUUAUUAUUAUGUUGCGGUUCAUUGCUAUUUUCAAUAAGACCUUUGUAGUACUGUAUUCCUUUAAGGCAUGCACAGCUAUUAUUCUUGUUUUCCCGUCACCAUAUUUACACCAAUAGCGUAGCUCCAUUUUCUGCAUAUAAAUACACACAACCCUCAAUUCCUCCAUUCGCUCUGACGAAGGGCUAACGCUCGAAACGUCAACGUUUGAAACUCUUUACGGUGACCAACAGCUCGGUUGGUAAUACUUAAUUACCCUGAUAUACUCUCCCACCGACGCAGCACCAUAGUUUCUUUAGAAACUUACCCCCUUUAUUUUUUCUGAUGGUUUCGUUUUAUUACCGUGAUCAGAAUAAUUAUGUCUUUUUUUCCAUUUAUGUGUAAAUGUACUAAGGAAGUUUAAAUAGAAAAAAGCCGUUAUUUGCUUAAGAAGACAUAAAGAGAAGGAUACUUGUAUGCAUAGUUAUAUGACAUGGUGCAGGUUUCAUAGUCAAGAAGAACAUUGCAUAGUAGAAGCCACAAUUAGCAUACUCACCUAAAAGAAGGAAAAUAAAAAAAUAAAGAGUCUGCAGUUCAUCUUGUGGACGCGUGUAUUAACUUUACUUUUUCUUACGUGCAGCAGAGAAAUUUUGUCUUUUCGUCUUCUGUUGUCUUGUGGAUGCCUGUAUUAACUUUGACUUUUUUUACGUGCAGCAAAAAACAUUUGGAAGAAGAAGUUUUUUGAGGAGAAGAGAAAAACAGCUGCAUUAGAAGAGCAGGUCAACAGACUGAGACAUGAAGUCGAUGCUCAACACAAAACUCUAAUGUCUUACUUGGAAAGUAAAGGUAAUGGUCCUUUGCAUGGUGUUUUCAUCAAUUUGAGUGAGUUUUGAAAGCAUUCCAGGAUUGUAUUGGUUUUGCUCUGUUGUACUCUGUGAUUGUUUCAGAAAAUUCAAGCCCUCUCUAUGCCAUUCAUUUGCCAAACUGAAUCCAAUCGUGGCUUGUUGACUAACAUGUUCUCCAUGCGUGAGGCGCUUAACUUGAAUUUCUACUUAUGUUUCUUUAGAAAGGGAAGGCGGAAGACCUCAAGCGGGAGUGGACUUCAAGUCACCGUCUGAAAAGGUAACAUAAGGAACAUUUCAAUAACUCCACUUUAUGACUUGUCUUCAAAAAUCGAUACACUUUGUCAACUAAUAAGUUGUAAAUCAAUCGUGACCUGGUCACCCGCGCCUAAAGGCAGUCACGCAGUUUUAGUUAAAGUUCUCAUUGGCUCCGUGUAAUAUUCGUCUUUGUUUUGAUUGGCCGCUGUGAUUACUUGUACUUUCUUUGUUUGCUGGUAGGUUCUAUUGUCUUAGUGAAGUAAAUGCUAAUUGCCAUAACUGAAUCGGAACUCAAAAUGUUUUUUUUUCUCUACUCACAGACAAACCAACGCAUGUCUCUGGCACGAUUGCAGCAUGAGGUUGAAGAAUUACGGAGGAGAAUUGAAGAACUGAAAGCUAAACUUACGGCUGAGAUGAAGGUUCGAUUCACGCUUUUCUUUUUGUGUUUUGUUUUCCUGGCUUCCUUCUUUGCCAUCAAUCGUCGAAUCAGGUUGCACUGUAUCGAGUGCCUUGCUUCAACCUCACACUGACUACAAAUGGUAGUCAUUCAAAAUAAACUUAACGUGAUCAGUGCUUAAAAAAGGGGGGGGGGUGUGGGGUGGGAUAAAGGGAUUGUGGUCGUGACACAAUAAAAUUUACCUGACUCCCCUCUCCCCUAAAGUUCUGAAGUAUUCUAAAUAUCCCCCCCCUAAUUGACGGUCAAUUUUCUAAAGCUCCCCUUUGUACUCUGUUAGCGACGUCGCUAAUCCCUUCUCCGUCCCGCCCCCCUGAAAAAAUCCUACAGCCUCCCCUCCCCCCCAGGUGAUAAAUAAUCAGUGGUCCUUAACACUAUUGCUAAUCAUUCAUCAAGGCGCAAUCACUUUUUUUUUAAUGAUACCAAAUGAAAAAUACUUCAAGCUGUCAUAAGCCACCUUGUAAACAUUCGCUAAACUGAUCUCGACGUUGAUGUUUUCAGAAUCGUGACGCAGCCCAGAAGGAGUUGAAACAAAUUCGAGAGGAUUUGAUGGAGAAGAAGAUCAACCUUACUCUGACGAAAUCACAAAAAAGCCUGGCAACUCUGGCGAACCCGGAAAACAUUGCUGUGUGAUACGUUACGUGUGUGUGAUACAUUUCUUGUCGUGAUCCGUUACGAGUGUGAUACGUUACGUGUUGUGACGCGUUGUGCGAUGAAAUAGCUGCAGUAGGAAGCUUUACUGGCAGCAGUCAGAUCUCAAAGUUAAGACGUGUGCUAUGAACGAUUGUUUAACAUCAAUUCCAUAAACAUUUAAUAGCUGAAAAGAAGUGUUGUUAACUAUAAUUUUGUAGAUCACUCUGUUCAAAACAAUAUUAACGUAUAUUUAUUUAUGUUCUCGAUCAUUAAUGUCCAAGAAGUACAUCUCAUAUAUUUUUUAAGAAAAUUAGACAGUGGACUUAAAACCGCUAUAGGUAAUUUUUCUACAGAAAUAAAAUGG